AUGAAUACUGCAUGUGAAACAGUUUUGGGUCGCUAUGGCAACCAAGCUCAAAUACUAGGUCAUCAUAUCAGAAGAUUACCUUUUGUUACUGCACCAAACAAAUUUGAAGCACUUGCAAGUCAUGAUGCCUUGGUUGAAGUGCAUGGUGCCCUCAAUGUAGUUGCAUGUAGUCUAAUGAAAAUUGCAAAUGAUAUACGCUUUCUAGGAUCAGGACCCCGUUGUGGAAUCGGUGAAAUUAUCCUCCCUGAGAAUGAGCCUGGUAGCAGCAUCAUGCCAGGAAAAGUAAACCCCACACAAUGUGAAGCGAUCACUAUGGUAGCAGCACAAGUAAUGGGCAACCAAACUGCUGUCUCCAUAGGAGCUAGUAACGGGCAUUUCGAAUUGAACGUUUUCAAACCAAUGAUUGUGGCCAAUGUCCUGCAGUCAAUCCGUCUCCUUGGGGAUUCCUGCAUUUCUUUUGAUAAAAAUUGCAUCAAAGGUAUUCAAGCCAAUCGGCCUCAAAUUAAUAAAUAUCUCAGUGAAUCAUUAAUGCUGGUCACAGCGUUAAACAAACACAUUGGUUACGACAAAGCAGGACAAAUAGCCAAGUUAGCGCACAAAGAGGGCAGUACACUAAAACAAGCAGCUCUGAAAUUAGAUAUCGUAUCAGAGUCUGAGUUUGAUGAAUGGGUACGUCCUGAAAAAAUGUUGGGGCCUCGUUAAACAUUGAAUAAACUAAAUUUUAGUGGGAUAUGGUGUGCACACAAGUAUUUAUUAGUGAAACUUAUGGCAUUAGUAUUAGGCAUAUACAGAUCGCCCACAUGGGAAUAUUAAUGUAUGUACAGUAUGUUGAAAAUUAUUGUUAUUGUGUUGAGACUAAAUAAUGUAACUGUUCGCAACAUAAUGAUCAAUUUCAGAAAUAAAAAUCUACCAACAUAUUCCAAA